AUGUCCUUGCCACGGGUCAUACGUAUCGCUCGUUCAGACGAGUCAAAUACGUUUAUUCUAUUGAAUGUUCGUAGCGCAGGGCCUGCGCCUCUCGACGUGAGACUCACGGCCACGGAAGGAGAGUCCCCUUACACUGCACUAGUCCAAGCAUCACAAAUAGGAAAGUUCCGGUUCAAGAAUUACCAGGGCUCUGACCAAGAGUGGAAUCACAUUGUCUCGCUGAUUUUGGGGCAAUCAAUUGCUAUCAGGGAAUCAGGGCCAUUGGCGGGGCUAGAAGCAACUGCCAGCAUCGCAGAGACGAAAAAUGAAGGAAAGGAGAUAGUCAUAACCAUUCGAAAGAAGGUCCAAUCCAUCACACAAAAACUUGGUGCCUUUAUUUUGAAGCAGGAUGAUGAGCAGGCCAUCGAACUCUUUGAAUGGUCAGGGAUUGCUGCUGCCACGGCAGAGUCAUUCCGAUCUCAAGUAAUGGGGUUGAAUGAUCGAUGCCGAGUCGCUGAAGAUACAAUCAACAGACUGAAAGAACAAUUGGAAGACCUACUACAGGCAAAAGACCAGCACGAGCAGCAAUUGAUGGCAAGCUUCGCACACCUUUUGAAUGAGAAGAAACUCAAGAUCCGUACUCAACAACGACUCUUAGCAUCUGCAACCGUGGAUCCUGUCAAAGUUUCUGAGCUACGCGGUGUCGUUGCCCGUUCAAUAUAUUCGCGGGAAACAGAAAGCCUUGCUAAACGUCGAGCACAGGAUGUAGAUCAUUCGGAUGGAGUGUCUGGCGGUGACUCAAACCAAAUGGACAUUGAUAGACCAAAUUCUGCAGGCUCCUUUGCCAGCCAAACUACAGACGAUGAAGACCAAGAUUUAGCUACACAUGACACUCAUGGGGAUGAGUUGCAACCUUCAGGCGCCCAGGCCACACCGACAGAGGACAGAGAACAGAUGCAUUCACCUAAUGCGACAGCCCCGCCACGGAGACAAUUACCCUUCACUAGGCGAGUGCUGCCAGAGAGCAACAACGAGACUAAGACUGUCUCGACUGAAAUGGCAGACGAGCCUGCGGGUGAGACCGAUGACGAUGAGCUGUAA